CCCUUUCGUAAUCCCAUCUGAUGGGGCCCAGAACGGGGCCUCUGAAGGGCCAGGUGGAGCCCCCAAGGUGGAAGAGUUCCAUGCUGCCCAGUUGGCCCCUACAGGGGUCAUUCAGAGCACAUGCAGGAAACAAAGGAUUUCUCAGGAGGUUAACCUGGAGACACUGGCCCAGAAAGCCUCAGAGAUGGAGUCACUACCGCCGCACAUCGUCAAGGAGGAGCCCCACAGACCCUGGAGCCCCCAAAGGCCAGCGCCACGGCGAGGGACCUUGGAAAGAGAUUCUGGAGGCCACAGCGCCAAGCGGCCUCGUGAUGAGAGCAUGAUGCCCCUGGUCAUCCCUGUGUCAGUCCCUGUACGGAGGCCAGACACCCUCUCGUCCUCAUCCUCCCUAGACAGGGAGCACUCUAUCCUGGGCACAAGCUGGCCACAGCGCCCCUCCACGCUCCAGGACAUGACCAGCAUGAACCGCAAACCCUCCGUCAUCGUCACCCGCCGACGAUCGCUCAGGAACUCUCUGACGGACAGCUCAGGACAGAACGGCGGCACCCAGGGAGGGAAGGACGACGACGACGACGGAAAAAAGUCCAAACGGCGUCCCCGGCCCGAACCUCUCUUCAUCCCGCCUCCCAAACCUGGCACCUUCAUCGCCCCGACUGUCUACUCCAGCAUCACUCCCUACCAGAGCCACCUCCGCUCCCCUGUCCGGCUGAUUGACAACCCCCUGACCAUGCCCCCCUACACCCCCCCGCCCAUCCUCAGCCCUGUGAGAGGGGGAUCAGGUCUCUACUUCUCUACCUUCCUCUCCUCUGCUGCAGCUGCUGUCUCCAGCCAGGGUCUGCCUCCACCCAUAACACCCAAAUCAGCCACACGCAGCCUGCUGAGAUCCAACAGCGUUGACAUAACCCCACCAGUCCUCUCUGCAAUCGGCGAGGCCACUCCAGUCAGUAUAGAACCGCGUAUAAACAUCGGCGUCCGGUACCAGGCAGAGGUUCCAGAGCUGAGGCAGCGUUCAGCGGCCAAACACGACCAUCACAAAGCUUUGCUGGUCUGGGCUCCUCUCCACGACCUGGAGGCUAAACCUGGACACCACCAGAGAGUGGAUGACCUCAUGCACCUGUCAUGCUCCAGUGCUCUGCACGGAGGAGGGACCAAUCAGGAGCUGGUGCUGCACUGCCUGUACGAGUGCAAGGGUGACAUCAUGGGAGCGUUGGCCUUCCUGCUGUUGAAAAACCCUGUCUUCCCUAAGGACCACCGACUAGGAGACUACCACUACUCAGGGUCAGACAGCUGGACCUCAGUAGAGAGACGUUACUUCAACAAAGGGAUCGCUGCCUAUAAGAAAGACUUCUUCAUGGUCCAGAAACUGGUGAGCACGAAGACAGUGGCUCAGUGUGUGGAGUUCUACUACACCUGUAAGAAACGGGUAAAGAUCGGUCGGAACGGCGCUCUGAUCUACGGAGACACAGAGCCACCUGAGAACAGGAACACUGAUGAGGAGCUGGACCUCAAAUGCUCUCAGAGAUUAGAAUCUCGGAAGGAAGACGAAGAUAGCAGGAAGUGGGAGGCGUCAGCUGACAGGAAGCAGUGGGGCUCCAGUCCAAGCAGGAUGACACAGAAGGCUGGAGCAGUCCUGGUGUUGAAGAGUCAGGAGGGCUUGAGGAGAGACCAGACGUCGUCCCGUGUCGGUCUCCCUCCUCAGCUCCCUUCCAGCGCCUCCUCGAAACCACGACCGACCCCCAAGACCGGAACCAUAUCAGGGACCAAGGGCCCUGCCGGACCAGAGGGAGAGUUCCCCUGCAAGAAGUGUGACCGGAUCUUCUACAAGGUGAAGAGCCGCAGUGCCCACAUGAAGAGCCACGCGGAGCAGGAGAAGAAGGCCGCUGCGCUGAGGCAGAAGGAGGCGGAGGAGAGGGCAGAGGCCCAGGCGGCGGCGGAAGCUGCAGCGUUACUGGCCGCGCGGCAGAACGGGGCACGGGAGGGGAACACAGCUGGAGGAGACGGCGCUAACGAUGACUCAUCUGACGAAGACGAUGAUGUCGAGGAAGAUGAGGACUGGCACUGAGACCAUGAAGAUGGAAAGGGAGCCCACAAUAUAUUAUGCCGUUAUGGCAAGUGCACCCUCAAGUCAUCUCUAUGGCUAAGACGGACGGCCAGACAAACAAGACAGACUGACUGCUCCUCUACUGGCAGGGUGAGGGGAACAUAACAGAAGUACGAAGCCUCGGCUGCUCCUAGCGCUCUAGGGACAUUUUACGCCCUCUUGUGACACCUGCUUUAGCAGCAUUUGUCUUGAAACAAACUUCUUUUUCAUUUGUUUCAUGGAACAGGAUCGCCUAUCGUGACACUUUCAGGGACAGGUUUUCUCCCUCUUCCCUUUAACCUGCUUGUGAUGCGUUCAGGGUUACCCAUCUCUGACACGCCCCCACGGCUAUACAGUAGGGUAUGAAAGCCAUGCCAUCUCUCUCUCGAACGCCAUGACUUUUUUUCCUCCCCUCCUGUCUGCCAUCCUCCCCUGGCUUCUUCCUGUUCCUGUCAGCACUUUCAGCCAGUCACAGCACACAGACACUCAUCAGGUGGGAACUCAUAGCCACGCCCCCAGCCGUGUAGGCUUUAAAAAAACGAGAACACUGUGUGAUGCUUGGCAACGCAAGACUACAUGAACCACAAUGCAACCCGGCUUGGCCACUGCCCUGCGCUCUCUCUGCAGUUUGAUAUGCUGUGAAUAGAAGGAGAUAAAAUGAGUGAUUGGGACAAUGCAAUAUUGAAGUGGGAAGGACUUCUAGAUCAGGAAAAGCUCAGAUAGACUGAUGUGGUGGUAACACUACAUGUGUGGUGACAUGCCUACAUGUGAAGGACCGAUCUGUUUAGAGAACACUGCAUUGAAUGUGUUUCAUAGUCUUUCAUGUUUGGGACUUUUCCCACUCAAGACUGCCAAAAGCUUGUACAGAUGCAUCUGUCCUCAGUUCACCAAACUGGUUUCUUUCUUAGUUUCAAGUGCUGUACUUUUGGGUUUUAGUUUUGUGAAUCCCAACCUUGUCACUUUUUUUUUUUAAUAGAUUUGGUAUUCCUCCUCACUGUCGAUGCCUUGGAUGUUUUAAACACGUUUUUAUCUUUGAAUGAAUGACCAUUCAUUUUACAAAGGUUAUUUUUUGAUAUUCAACAAAUUACUGUUGCUUUUUUUUUUUUUGCUUAUUAUAUCAAAUGGUCAUUGUUGUUUCUGUUAAUUUGAUCAUUGUUAUUAAUAAUGUCACUGUCUCGUAUAUUAUUAUAUUGUUUUUGCGGCAGGUUGCUUUGAAGCUCUCUUUCUCAUUUGACCACAGUAUAGGGUUAUUUAUGACAUUGCUUUUGUUGUCUGUUUUGAACUGUGAGGUUUGAGAAGGAGAUCUCCAGAAAAAGAAGUCGGAGAAGAGAAGAGAAGAAAAGUACAUGUAAAUAGAAUGUGCAAUAGAACAACAACGUGAUCCCUGAUGCCCCCUCCCCCUAUCCUGUACCCAGAAUGCCCCUCUUUGUGCCCUCUCCAAAUUGGUCCUUAGUAGCUUUAUAGGCAGUUAACCUUCUGUCAACCAUAUCAUUACACCAGGAGGAUAGAGAGGGGGAAACAUGAUGUUGAAUUGAAUGGGAAGGUCUGCUCUGGUCAUUCUAUUUCUAUGGAGACGACUCCUAUUGUCUGGCCUAUUAAAAUAAAAUAAAAAAGGGCUUCCCAUAACAGUC